GGCGCCAGCAGCGCGGAGCAGCGUGCCCACCCGCCAGACCAGAGUCUUUUUGGUUGGAAGUGUCCCGGAGACCUCACAGAAAGGCGCCCAGGGCUGGACUUACCUGCCCCCUGCUCCUUUAGGGAUGGAGGCAAUGGCAGCCAGCACUUCCCUGCCUGACCCUGGUGACUUUGACCGGAAUGUGCCCCGGAUCUGCGGGGUAUGCGGAGACCGAGCCACGGGCUUUCAUUUCAACGCUAUGACCUGUGAAGGCUGCAAAGGCUUCUUCAGGCGAAGCAUGAAGCGGAAGGCGCUGUUCACCUGUCCCUUCAAUGGGGACUGCCGCAUCACCAAGGACAACCGCCGCCACUGCCAGGCCUGCCGUCUCAAACGCUGCGUGGACAUCGGCAUGAUGAAGGAGUUCAUCCUGACGGAUGAGGAGGUGCAGCGGAAGCGGGAGAUGAUCCUGAAGCGGAAGGAGGAGGAGGCCUUGAAGGACAGUCUUCGGCCCAAGCUGUCCGAGGAGCAGCAGCGCACCAUCACCAUCCUGCUGGACGCCCACCACAAGACUUUCGACCCCACCUACGCCGACUUCGACCAGUUCCGGCCGCCAAUUCGCAGGAGUGAGGGUGGAGGGAGCUAUUCCUUAGGGCUCUCCUCAAGACACAUGCCCAGCUUCUCCGGGGAAUCGUCGUCUUCCUCCUGCUCAGAUCACUGCCUUGUCUCUCCAGACAUGAUGGAACCAACCAGCCUCGCCAACCUAGAGCUGAGCGAAGAAGACCCAGAUGACCCCUCUGUGACCCUGGGUCUGUCCCAGCUCUCCAUGCUGCCCCACCUGGCUGACCUGGUCAGUUACAGCAUCCAAAAGGUCAUUGGCUUUGCCAAGAUGAUCCCAGGAUUCAGAGACCUCACCUCUGAUGACCAGAUCGUGCUGCUGAAGUCAAGUGCCAUUGAGGUCAUCAUGUUGCGCUCCAACCAGUCUUUCACCAUGGACGACAUGUCCUGGACCUGUGGCAGCCAGGACUACAAGUACAGUGUCAGUGAUGUGACCCAAGCCGGACAUAGCCUGGAGCUGAUUGAGCCCCUCAUCAAGUUCCAGAUGGGGCUGAAGAAGCUGAACUUGCAUGAGGAGGAGCAUGUCCUGCUUAUGGCCAUCUGCAUCGUCUCGCCAGACCGUCCUGGGGUGCAGGACCCUGCGCUGAUUGAGGCCAUCCAGGACCGCCUGUCCAACACACUGCAGACCUACAUCCGCUGCCGCCACCCACCCCCGGGCAGCCACCAGCUCUACGCCAAGAUGAUCCAGAAGCUGGCCGACCUGCGCAGCCUCAACGAGGAGCACUCCAAGCAGUACCGCUGCCUUUCCUUCCAGCCUGAGAGCAGCAUGAAGCUCACGCCCCUCGUGCUCGAGGUGUUUGGCAACGAAAUCUCCUGACCAGGGCAGCCUGUGGUGGCGCCUGGGUGGGGCUGCUCCUCCGGGGCCAUGAGCUGGGGCCUGGGGCUGGCUGCUGCCCAGCAGGCCUUCCUGCCCCCUCUGGAGUUCAGUCCCUCCUCUCCAUCCUCCCCUCCUCGCCUGGCCCAUCCUCUCUCCUGCCCACCCUAACACCAGGUCCCCCUUUCCUGCAGGCCACAGGCUGCCCCCAGUCCCUUAAGACCUCAGUCAUGAAGAGUGGCUGUUUAUUUGACCAAGAAGCUCAAGUGGGGGCAAGGGGAAGAGGGCAGAGGCUGAAGGCAGGGCCUCGCCUGGGGAUGCCCCCAUCACUCUAGAAGUGGCUGCUGGCUGGUGCCGAGGGAACAGGCAAGCAGGAGAAACACACCCAUUCCUCAGGGACAGAGAAACCCAGACCUCCCCCUGCUCCAGGCCCACCUGUCCAGAGCCUGGGGAGGAUCUCCCCCCAUCCCCACCCAUGAAAAAUAACUGGCCACAACCCCACCCCACCCCCACCUCAUCCUGCCACCACUCUGUGCUGUUCUGUCCCAGGGCAGCUUGCCACAAUGGGGCCUUCUCCUUCUGCUUCCCCAUCCCAGGCCUGUCUAGGACACUCACUGCCAAGGAUGGACAAAAACAAGAUGACUAAGGUCACAACUCCCCCUCACCCACCUCUAUUGGCCAAAAGGCACUUGCCUAACCCCUCAGUGCCCACUUUAUCCCAUUGCCAUAGUAGCAUUCUCCUUGGAAGUAGCUAUGGUAAGGUGGGCUUUCUCCCCAUGCCUGGGGCCACUGGCCCAGAACCCACCUGCUGAGAGGCCCAAGGAGGGAAGAAAGCAGGGCCCAGGUGGUGGGGGACAGACAAGCUAAGCCUCACAGAAGAGUAGUGGGUGGUGGCCAUAGCUGUCCCUAUCACCAAGCCCAGGGCUCCUCUGCCUGGAUCUAAAGGGUUGAUUGAAGUGGGAGCUCUCCUUCCGACCACCCAUGUGGCAGGACUGAGUUGCGUCCAGGUUGCAGUGAAGCAACAGGCACCAUCCUCAUUCUCACCCUGCCAGCUCCUUAUCUCCCACCCCGGAGAGAGAGGACCUGCCGCAGGCUCCAGAGCCUCGCCCGGCGGCCGCAGUCACUGGUGUGGCCUCGCCCUGGGAUGGCCAAGGGUAAUCCAGAGAUCGGCCCACUAUCCCAAGCACCCCACAGUGUGGAGAAGCAGUGCCUGCUUUGCUUACCAGCAGGGGCCACGUCUUCUCCACCUGGCAGGGUGGGAGGGAGGAGAAGAACUUCCAGACCCAACAGCCAAGUCAUGCUCCCCCUGUCCACCCAGAUGUGGUUCCAAGACUGCUGGUCCCCAGGGAGAAGCAGGAGCUAGUGCCCCAGCCCCUCACAGUGUGGGUGGAGGGAGGAGAUUGGCCUCUGGUGUCUAGUCAGAGAGAGCAUCUAGGGGUGGAGCCAUGUGGGGCUGGUUCCCUUCUUAUUCUCACUCUACCACCCCAAAGUCAGAAGGGGCCUGUGGGGCAGGGCAGGGGUGGAGGGUCCAUAACUGCGAACUCAGACCAGUCCAGGAGGUGGGAACUCUCGUCUGUUUACUUGGGGGUGGGGAUCCUUGGUGAGUGAGUGAGUCGUAGGUGUGUGGGACCAGCACAGAGGGGGUUCUUUCAGGAGGCAUAGAGGUCUUUCAGAUUGUUGCUUGAGUUUGGGGAACACAUUGCAUUUGAUGUCUCCACAGGAGGGAGUUAAUGUCCGUAGGAUGCCCCCUCCACCUGCGUCUGCUGUUCCCUGGAAACCCCCAGAGCAAUCCGACGUAGCACUGCAAAGCCCACCUGGCCCAGUGUUUCUUCAGGUGGAGAAACACCUGACAGCCAUGGUCCUUAGUGCAGAAUACCAUCCUUAUGGCUGAAUCUUACGUUUAUUGAGCAUGAGUUAUUUCCAGAAUCAGACUCCAUUUUGUACUACGUUCGUAUAUAGUGGGUGGUAGGGACCACUGGUGAAGAGAUAUUUAGGAAGGGAAAAACUUACAUGGUGAAAAUUCUAUACAUUCAUUAUUGUUGUUGUUAUUUUAUAAAUUAGGGACAGACCUUUGUUAUUUGAUUUUAGCUGCAGAAUAUGUUGGUCCAGCUUGCUAUUCAGUGGGAGAAAAGGCUUGAAAAAUCGCUAAACUAGUUCAACCCCCUUGUUAAAGAAAACUGACCCUGAGAGGAGGGCGUGACACACUCAAGCCCAUAGAACUAGUUAGAAGUGACGCCACGACCGGACCCAGACUUUGGACUUGGAUUCAGCGUGCGGUUCACUAGACCACACUUGAGCUCCGACCCCAUUUCCCAUUCCCCAGGGGCCUGACCUGGUCCCUUGGCGGAAGCUCUGGAUUUUAGACAGAACCAGUGUAGAUCCGGGACCCCGCCUUCCUUCCCUGGAUUCUCACCCCGCUGAUGCAUCAGGAGGAGGAGGGACACCUCAGCCUCAUCUCAAUGUGAAUCGGACCCCCACCCCCAACGUGGCCCUGGUCGGAUGGGGUCUCUGCCUCAGCCCUGUGUCAUGCUGUUGCCUUAUCAAUAAAGUGCAUUUGUCUUUGUAAUGUCUCCACCUUCCCAGCUCUCCCUCUGGUGCUGCCUCCUCCUCGGGACACACAGAGAACACCAGUCACUCUGCCCUGGGGUCCACAACAACCCAGCCCACUCCCCAGGGAAGUCGCGGAGCUGGGAGGGAAGAGAAGAGGAAAAAUGAGACUUCACAGGGCUGAAUUGGGAGAAAACCUUGUCAUCUGUUCCAUUCUAGAAUGAGAGAAUGUGAAGGUAGACAUUUACAAAUCUAAAACUCUUAAAGUAUAUUAUUGGAAACCUGGGAAAAUGUGCACCGAAAUGCCAAGCAAACCAGAUUCCAGGACAUAGGAAAAUCCUGCUGGCUGACUGGAAGCAAGUCGGAGAAUCCGAGUGAGGCCCACAGAGAAGGCUGGAAAGCUGGGACUAAAGCAGCAGCAGAGGGCUGUACAGAGUGCCUCCUAAGUGGUUUCCAAAGAGGAAAAAAAUUUGCCAGAAAUUUGCCCAAAAAACCAGUGCAGAAAGCUUUGCUUAUGGUUAUAAGAAUGGCUUAUACUUGCACAGCGCUUAGUUUGUGGCAAGUCCUGCUGUAAAUAAACGCUUUAUGCAAACCAACUUGCUUUAUCCUUAUAAGGACCCGAGGGGAGAUGGACUGCUACU